AAACAGAGGGUGGGAAGUUUGAACGUUAGGAUGUUCGUUGUUUCCUCUUGAAAUCUUCACAGUUUGUGGUUUCUGAAACUUCGUUUGGUCGUGGGAAAGGUGCAAGAACUUGACUUUGCCAACGUCUUUUGUAGUUGUCGUUCCUAACUGUUGAUCAGGUGCGUUUUAAAGGAGUGAUUGCACAAGUCAUGGCUUCGGUUAACGGGAGCGCGAGUCCGUUUCGUCCAAAGUUUCACAAUGCUAAGAAGUUCCUGUCUCUACAAUUGUCGCAAACAAGUCAGGCCAUUUCUGCAGAGUUCAACCACAUGCUUCGCAGCCAAACCGUAGCCAGAAAAAGAAGAAAGGUUAUCAAUGAGAUUUUUGCAACAGAAAGGACUUACCAAGAUCAUUUGAAUGCUAUAACAUCACAAUUUCUUGCACCAUUGCAAGUUGCGUGCAUUCUGCCACAAAAUGCACUGAACACCAUCUUCUCCAAUGUGGAGGCAAUUCAAGCAGUCAACAGAGAACUCUUGAGUCAUAUGGAGACUUUAGGCCUCGGUGAUGCCUUCUUAGCCAUGGCACCAUUCAUCAAGCUUUACAGUACUUAUGCUAACAACUUUGCUAAAGCACAGGCUGCCUUACAGGUAAAAAUAUAUUUGGCAUCAGACGCCACAGUAGAAAUCAACAAAGUUGCACAUCACAUCAAUGAAAAUAUUCGUCAGCGAGAGAACUUUCAGAAAAUGUUGUCCAUUCAGAAUUCACUCACAGGCGAAGGAGCUCCCAAAAUUCUUGCUCCAGGACGGCUUUUUAUCAAAGAAGGUCCACUUUUGAAGGUUUGUAGCCGAGGAUCACAGGAAAGGAUGUUCUUUUUGUUCUCGGAUAUUCUUCUUUACGCCAAGAAAGGUGGCUCACUGGACAAAGAACAGAGCUCGUACUUAUGCCGUCGCGUUUUGCCACUGAUCGACUGCGAGUUGGAACAGGUUUUGGGCGGUUUAACCGAAAAUGAAGACAAUUCUGGCGCGGGAGCUCUGUUCAAGGUAACUUGUAAAGACAAAUCACUGCUUUUGUACUCUAAGUCAAGGACGGAAGCGCUGACCUGGUUCAAAUGCAUACGGGACGCCAUAAGUGAUCUCAAAAGCUGCAGAGCGUCUUUAAGAAAACCAAACGGAGAUGAAAGUGAUCUGCCAAAGCGAGCAACGCCCUUAACGAGGUCUGUUGCUAGGAAAGCAGCUCGUCUGGGAUUAAGCAUCAUUAGACAGGAUUCGGCUGUAGAAUGUUCCAGUCCAGCGGUCUGCAUCAAAGACAGUCUUUAUCCCUUGAGAAAAGAACUGCUUAACAAACAAACUCCAGCACAGUCGACAAAACCCGGAGGCUCGAAGACCCGAAGACCCGACGACCAAAACCUGAAGACACGGAAAACACUCAAGACCGGAACGACGCCCAGUAUCGCACCAAUGACACGGGCUAGGAGCCGCGAAACAGUGAUUAAUUCUCCGUGGAUUAAGAGUGAUGUUCCAACAUUUUCUGAUGAAAUGAAGCUAGAAAAGGGUUGUGGGAGUUCAAUGCAAGAAACAGAAGGGGCGAAGGUAAACGAAGAAACGCAAAAAUUGGAGGAACCUGGACAAAGUUGUGUAAAGACCCGCGCUCAGAAAAGGAAAUUGUCCUUCAAGGAGAAUUUUGAAGUCGAGCUCUUUUCUCCUCGCGAAGUGGCUGGGAAACGUUGUUUCAGACCAAAACUACCGGAAGUCUCCUGCGUCCAAGCAGUCGGGUCUCCUGUUAACAGUCCCUAUGAACAAACGAAGUGCACACCAGCCAAACUGAGAACAACCAAGUAUGUUAUAGAAGACGAGGAUCUUGUGCAGUCCACGACUUGUGUGGUCAUGUGAAACAAGCUUACAUGAAGAAGUUAAAGAAAACUUCACGUGUCUUACCACGAUGUUCCACGUGAUGUUGUAAAGACAAGAUUGUAGAUGUUGCACUCAGAGGGUUUUCCGUAGCUUUGAAGUUACAACAAGGAUGUACUUUCUCGAUUAAUGACACCGGGUUCAUCCCGGGCGUUUAUUCGAGGACAAGAGUUUACUUAAAUCUGACUUCUAUUAUACAACUUAUAGUCAUCAAUUGUUUGAUGUGAUUAGUUUAAAGGAGCCACGUCACGGUUUGCGUAUCUUGAAACGUUUAGGCUGAAUUAUUCAAGUUCGUCGUUUGUAAUCCGUGUCCA